UGCGCAUGACAACUGAACCACAUCAAUAAACUCUAAACCCCAGUUGCUAAUGACAACUUUUCAGAUCCAGAGCCUUCAAAGUCAUCAUCACUAAGCCCAGCAGCAUGGAUUUAUGUCUCAACCAAGUGUUCUACACACAGGUUGGUACCACAGUGCCUCAGACUAUGAAGGUUCUCCCAUCAGUGAAGAAGGGUCAUCAAAAGGUAGCUAUUGGAGACAGCACUGGUGUUGUGACCAUUUUUGAAAUGAAGAAAGGAGACACUCAUAAUGUGUUCAAGGGUCUGCCUGGUCCUGGGAUAACAAGAUUGGAGUUAGGUGGUUCUGAUGCAGGCUCUCGAGACAAGGUAUUUGUCUCCUCAGAGGCUAUGAUUCGUGGAUUCUCAAGGAAAGGGAAGCAGUUUCUAUCCUUUGAUACCACCCUCACCGAAAGUGUUCAUGGGAUGUGUGUUGAAGGCAGCAACCUAUUCGUGUGUGGGAGUUACGUGUACAACCACUAUGUGGAUUGCCGGGACACCAACUACUACCUGAGCUCAGACAAGAUCAACGACAUCCUGUGCCUCCCCCCUAAACCUGACCUCCCCCUCUGUCCAGUCCUGGCCUGCCAAGACAAUACCCUCAGAGCACUCAAGGACUCUGAAUUGCUGUAUGAACUGGAAGUUGCUGGGCCGCCUAUGUGUAUUGCUUUGAAUAAAUCUGACGGAGGAGAGGAUGGGCAGGAGGUGCUCUAUGGCACUCAAAACGGAAAGAUGGGGCUGGUCAAACUCACACCUACCGAACCAAACUAUCGUUGGGACAUGCUCAAUGAGCGUAAAUAUGGCGGCAUUUCGUGCAUCAGUACCUGGGACAUCACGGGAGACGGUGUCGCCGACAUCAUUGUGGGGCGUGAUGAUGGUGUGGUGGAGGUGUAUGGCUUCGAGGACAGCGAUGAGCCACGGCUCCAGUUCACACACAGUUUGAAUGAGAGUGUGACGUCAGUAUGUGGGGGGGUGGUUGGCUCGUCUGAACAUGAUGAAGUGAUUGUGGCUACUUACAGUGGGUGUGUCCUAGGCCUCACUAAGGAACAAGUAGCAAAGCAAACACUGUCCCAAGAGGUACAGACCAAACUAGCCUCUCUCAAAGAGGAGGUGUCCUCACUGGAGGGCAAGGUGCACGAGGCUAAGGAGCGCUACCAAGAGACAGUGUUCUCUGCCAGAGAGACCACUCAGACUCUCUCAGCCCUCCCCCAAUUUCCAAUCAAUGACAAGUUCACUUUGAACCAAGAUGAGGCCUGGUACACACUGGCCAUUGAGAUACAGGCCCCCAUUGAGACUGUUAUGUUACAAAGUGAUGUGCCCCUGGACCUGCAGGAGGUGGACACAAGCUCAGCUGUUGUCAGCUACACUCCUCCAGACACUGACAACGAUAACUACCUCCUAGCCACAUUCAGAUGUCACGACACCAACAGACUCGAAGUUAAAGUACGUUCGAUAGAGGGGCAGUACGGUACUCUCCAUGCUUACAUCGUUCCUCUUAUGGAGCCCAAGUCGUGCAGAGUGAGACAGUAUCAGAUCAAGCCUCUGUCUCUGCAUCAAAGGACUCACUCCUUCGAUAGCACACGCCCCUGCAAUGUGCUCAAAUUGACUGGUCCCUUUAGCCUGGGUGAGGUGCAUUCAUGGAUUAGGAUUAUUCUCCCCAAUAUACCAGACCAGCCAGCCAACGUACCUGACCAGUCAACCUCAGACAGUACUAACACUCUGCACUUCAAGUCCACGUUCAUUGACACAGAGCUGGAGGUGGUGUACAGAAGAGGAGAGGCCGUGUUUAGGUCCGACAACAUCUCAACCAUAUCUGUGUUGAAAGAGGUCUUGUCUAAAGAGACCAGUUCCAGGAAGGUUUUAGUCAAGAUCACACACGAGCUUGAUGAGGACUCGAUAUCCCACGUAUUAGGAAUUAUCUAUCCCAGACUAGAGUCACAGCUCAUGCUGGCUAAGAAUGUCCAGCUCAUAGAGGCACUACAGGAGGUCAAAAUCCAUGAGGAAGACACAUCAUUCCUCUCCCCACAAUGCCAAUACAUUCUAGACAAUGCCCAACAGAUGACAAAGGACCUAAAGCAGCAGCCGUCUUUGAUAGAAAGGCUCUAUGCCCUGAUAACAGAUCUGUUCAUGGACCAUGCAAGCUUCAAGGGACAGAAUGUCAAGAACAAAGUACCGGAACUGUUAGAAUUACUGGACAAUUGUGACCUUGAAUCUCUUCUCGAAUUCUUUCAUUCCUCAAAAUAAAUAAAUAUAUUUUUUUGUAACUAUUACUGCAACCCGAUCACUGUUGAACAUAAUGAUAAACAAGCUGUGCAAAUGUUAUUAAAAAGAAGUGAUAUUUUAAA